AUGGCCGUGUUGGGUGAGCAACCCGACUUUGCUCUCAUCGAAAGGUCCUUUAAAGAAAUCGGUCGACAACUCGGCCUGUUUGCCAACCUGCCUGCUGCAAUAGGUGUGGACGCCGUCAUGCAGCGACUGGACGAGAUUGAGCACUCGUUCAGAACGCGAUUUGACAAUAUUGAGACGCAAAUGGAGGCUAGCAACUGGAACACGCUGGCGCGUGGAAUGAACAAAAUCCUGUGUCGAGGGCAGCAUUUGCAUCCCCUUCGAGGCCUCGCAACAAACGACUCCAUUCCCCAGUUCCCACAGAAGUUGCAGGACAUCGACAAAAUGACCGGUGGCCGCAGGGAGCCGCAGUCGUGCGUCUCUACAUAA